GAUAAAAGGGGUGUGUGUCGGGAGUGGGCCGCAAAUUCGGGCGAGGGUUCACAAAAUUUCCGAAAUAGUUCCGAACCUGAUCCGUGAUGAUGGUCGAGAGUUUCGCGUCGAAACGCCGGCGAAUUGCUGUGGGGUUGAAUCCGCACCUCAAGUGGGUGGUGAGCGCAGGCAUGCACGGGAGGGUCUGUUGAACUGUGACGUGGGAAAAUGUUCAGGACUAUUGACACACUUCUGCUGCUUAAAGCGAAUCUGUAGCGUUGCCCCUGUUCCGCUACGAGUUAACUAACAUGUCUUGGGAGUCGCUCCAUUCCAGGGAAUUUGGGAACUUUAACAGCAUCUACCAUCGGUCAGGGCCGGGGGUCAGUCAUCAACUGUCGGCAACCAGGCUGCUGGCUUCUCCCGAAGGAUCAAGACACCCCUUGGAGAGCUCAAGCCAUUCCUGGCCUUGGAAUGGCUCCUACUCCAGCUUACACCGAAACACCUACACGGAAGUGCGCACCCUUAAGAGCUCCAACUGCACUUUUGGCUGCUUCCAACUGUGCCGAGCCAAGGUCGCAAACAGCAUAGCUAAAAGAAAGGUGGAGCAAGGCAUGAAGCUUUACAAGCAGCACAAGCAGCAACAGGCCGUGCGAAAGUGGAAAACUUCGCUGAAGGCGCUCGAAAAACGCGAAGACAAGUUUAGCGUCUUGGGGUACCUAUACCUGGCCUACAUGGAUUGGGGCAAGUACAG